GAAACAAUAUGAGGAGAUGUCUAGAUAUUAUCUGCUUAUGAUUUCCGGCUUUCUGUUUUUAUUCCUUCCACUCCUAACUGGAUCCUUUCAACCGCAAAUGGUACAGGAUAAAAAUCAAGAAGCGUUAACACACAAAGAGUCUUCGACGUGGUCAAGAAUGCCAGAUGCGAAGGAUGAGUUGCAUGCCCACCGGCUUUGUGACGCCUAUUUUGAUCUCAUAAAGUUUGGGGACGGCGAAGACAUGAGAAGGGCCAAGGUGGUAUCAAAUCCAUUACUAAUGAAAUCGGAAGAAAAAGAAAAAGGAUCUGUAGGCACACCGAAUAUCAAAUACGAUGCCACCGAUGAGCGAAGCGAGGCAAGGUCACAAUGCAUGGUUUGUAGGCCAUUAAAAAAAAAGGAAAGGUGCCCAAAGGUUAAAGAGAGCUCCGAGUGGAAACUCUUUGAUGAAAUUAGAAUGAUACAAAUGCAGGAGGCUAGAGACAAAUCUGAGAGCAAGACCACCCCGGAAAGAAGCAAGAUUGAUUUAAAGAAGUUUAGAGAAAAAGUUUGGGAAAAUAACUCCCCGGAGGGAGGCAAGUUUGCCUUAAAGAAGUACGGAAAAAACCCCGAAGAAAAUGGUAAUGCGGUAAGCUCUAAGUCCUCCUCAAUGGAUGCCAGAGCCCAGCGACUUUGUGAACUAAAUCGCAUUUACAACGACUACCUGAAAGCCUGGCAACAGCCAUUUCCACUUAAUAUACCCGAAAAUAAGACCAUUAGCCAAACAUUUACCUUUUCAGGUUUAAGGCUAAAUGCCCUAACCGAGUUACUAAAUGUUAUUGAACACUUUCAGCAAGGCAAUUUGGUGAAAGACUUGGCCAAAAAGAUCAGCCAGGACAUGGAGCCCAAUCUGCCAAGGCAAAUGAAUCAAGAUGCCCAACUGGUCUCAGACAGCAGAGCCUCUCUGAAGGGUAUAAUCAAAAAUGAUCUCUCGGGUCUGUCUGUGAAGCCUAGCAAAGCAACCAAAGCAUUCAACAAGAUCUUGACUGAUAUUAAGUCAAGGAGAUCUCAGAUCAAACCCGGCAAACUUUACGAUGAGUACCAGAAGGGUUUCUGUAAAAUAUUUAGUGAUCGCAAGCAUUCUCGGCAAUUGGAUAAGGGAAAAGCAAGCAUGAACCCACAGAAAAGGAGUGAUCUGACGGAUGUAUGUCAUGGUAAGAACUUUUUGAAGGCCAUGGAUGUCUUUAUCAAAAUGAGUAAAGAGAGUAACGGAAAUGGCGGCUCGAAGCCCUAUUAUUUACCCAUGUCCAAGAGCCGUCAGCUGGUACACAAUGAUAUACCCUUGAUUAAGCAGGGUUCUAGCGAGGCUUCCAAGAAGUCAUCCCACAAGGAAAAUAAGGAAACAUUUAUUGACAAAGACCUUCCCAAACAAGAGACUUUCAAUCUUAAGAAGCCAGACUAUAAAACUGAGUCCAAAGGGUCAUUUACUAACCCCUGGAAGGACUUGUAUAUGGACUUGGAUUUGAACACAGACUUGCCCAAGGAAGACACUAUAAAUUAUAACAAACCUGAACCAAAAACUGACCACCCAACGCUAUCUAUUAACCCCUGGAAGGACUUGUAUAUGGGUUUAGAUUCCAGCCAUAUUAUCAAUGGAGUGAAGGCCAUUAAGAAUGCCUCAUUCUUCAAUUUAGUAGACGAAUAUGAAAAGCAAGUCGAGAGUCUUAACCAGGCCUUAAAGUACAAGCAGGACUGGUGGAGAGAGGUCAAGGACAAGGACAGAUCUUAUUAUCGGAGGCCCCUGAAAAGGAAUAGUUUACCUAACUCAAAGACCACAAAAAGGAAUAUUCGCAUGAAUAACUCAGGGGCAGUGCCCUUUCCCGAGGUCCUUGUCAAUCAUGCUCCACAAGUGCCCGCAAAUGUCCUGGGUAAUAUGGCAAGUCAAAUGAAUAUCUCGCCCAUUGAGAUGGCUCAAAGGAUUGUGGGAGCGAGUCAAGCGGCUCCUGGUGCUCAUUCUCGAUUCAAUGUACCCUCGAUGCAAAUAGCAAGCCAGCUUGGAUGUGGCCCUGUUCAAAAGGCACCCGAAAAUAGGUGCAGCGAUCCAUGUCAACCGCAGGAUGUUCAGCAUCAGCAACAGCAGCAGCAACAGCAGCAACAGCAGCAACAGCAACAGCAACAGCAACAGCAUCAGCAUCAGCAGCAGCAGCAUCCAAGCCAGCUUGGAUGUGGCCCUGUUCAGAAGGCACCCGAAAAUAGGUGCAGCGAUCCAUGUCAGCCGCAGAAUGUCCAGCAUCAGCAACAGCAGCAGCAGCAUCCAAGCCAGCUUGGAUGUGGCCCUGUUCAAAAGGCACCUGAAAAUAGGUGCAGCGAUCCAUGUCAACCGCAGAAUGUCCAGCAUCAGCAGCAGCAGCAACAGCAACAGCAGCAACAGCAAGAGCUACAGCAACAGCAGCAGCAGCGGCAGCAACAACAAGAUUGUGUUCUAGACAAGAUCCUGCAGCGUUUGGAAAAAAUUCAGGCCACCAAAUGCAACAAGUCGGCAGAGGAGGAGGCGAAUCAGACCUGCUGCUUUGUCGAUCCCGCUGAUGGUGCCCCCUGCAACCUCAAUGGAUCCUGGGAGUCCCUAGUCCUUGGCAUUCGCAUCAAUAUCAAAUCCCCAACUGUAGCCACGCAGGAGAAAGGUCCACCCUGUGCUCCACCCAAAUCCGGACGUGCCAAGUACGCCGAUGAUCAUCAUAUCCUUCGGCGUCAGUGCGCCAAGAUAAACCCCCAAAAGUUAAAGCAAAUGGCCGAGGCGGAGUCCCCAAGAAGUUCGGGUAUCCCUCUGAAUGUGAGUGUGCACGAAACAGUACCACCAAGACCUCACGAUUUUCUUGACAAUCUCACCGACUGGCAUUUCUCGGGAAAUGCUCAAAUGAUCCUCGGCGGACCCAUUUCCCUAUCCUUUCGCAAGAACAACUCAAAUCUGAUUGGACAUUUUGUGGGCUAUUGUCGCACCUGCGGUUGCCUGGAUACCAUUUUUGGUUCCUGGACUUUCUGCCAGCCAUCGCGGGACUGCCAGGACAUCUCCAUGUCAAUAGUCGAUCGUCGGGACAUGUUGCGGCGGUACAGCAUGGAUGAGAGACGAAAGAAUCGCUACAAGGAGCAGCUCUACCUGGGCAGUAAGUUUGCCAAAAUGGAGGCGGAGCGACUGCGCGCUGAGCAGAGAAAGCCAGACAAUUGCACAGGCUCCAAGGGUUAAGACUCGGCUCCAAGGAAGUAUAUUUUAA